GUGGAAGUGUCGGUCCGAAGUCCAGUUGCGUGCUGGUUUAGUGCUAUGCUUUAUUGCUUUGGUGGGUCUGUUCUAUCUUCCUUGAUGCUGGCAGAACCUCCAGUAGCAUUUCUGGCAAAGGGCACAAAUAUUCUGCUGGCAUCUUCAGUCUGGUAUCUUGUAUUUUACUGCCCACAAGACAUAUUCUACCGGUGCUUUGCAUUUCUGCCUGUUCGGCUUCUGGUUGCAGGAAUGAAAGAAGUGACUAGGACCUGGAAAAUAACGGCUGGCAUUGCACAUGCAGACAGUCACUUCAAAAAUGCCUGGCUUGUUAUGGUAGCUGUGGGCUGGGCCAGAGGAGCUGGUGGUGGCCUAAUCUCCAACUUUGAGCAGUUGGUGAGAGGAGUGUGGAAGCCUGAAACCAAUGAAUUACUGAAGAUGUCCUACCCUGUUAAGGUAACUUUGAUAGGAGCGGUUCUUUUCACGCUGCAGCAUAGCCAGUACCUGCCAAUAGCAAGACACAACCUCAUGUUUUUAUAUACCAUUUUUCUGGUUGUCACCAAGGUAACAAUGAUGUUGACACGGUCUGCCGCUUCUCCGUUUGCUCCCCUUGAGGCCGCAUUAGGCCAUAUGUUCUUUGGCAUGCAACAGACACCAUCUAAAGUGAAGGGUGAAGGUGCUGUAUCUUCCAAUGGCUCUUCAGUCUGUGACCGAUCUACCUCUGGACAGCACCGUGAUGGUGUUAAGAAACGACAGGCAAAGAAAACAGAAUAAGUGGAUUAAAAUCCUUCAUGGUCGUAACCUUUGAAGAUGUUUAUAUUUCAAAUCAUGCUAACUGAGAAAUUUGUUAAAUGCAUAUAAGAGAGCAGGGCACAGUAUACUACUGUGGUGGUGUUCAACUUCAGAAUGUCUUUUGUAAGCUGCUGCUCGUAUGUCUAAAAUGCACAUGUUGGGUUGGUAGGUUUAAAAAGUACAAUUUUUUAUAGCGAUUAUAAGUUUACUAAAUUUUAUAUUUAUGAAUAAUGUUUAAACAUGCUGAAAGGGUCGUUUCAAAAUGUGACAACCAGCUUGUUUGUUAUCUUAUCUGAGAUACCACUUAUUUCACCUCUUCGUUUCUUCUGAUUCUUACCUUUCAUUUCAAUAACAUGGAUUUGCACUGCCAAGUGUUUAUAGUAGCCUAUCCCAAACAAGAAAAGCUUUAGCUGGUCUUCAUCUGAGUAAGAUUAAAUCACAUUGCACUGGAAACCCAUGAAAAUGACCAAACUAAUGCCUUUACCUAGAAAAAGAACUGAAUUACUAUUGUAAUUCCACUGCACCGGUCUAGACUCUUUUCAUUUACUCAAGUAAAUAUUUUUCACAUUUUUCUAUUUUUCAGAAUAAAAAUGAAUUAUAUGGUAUUUUUUAAUAUUUACAGUUAGCAGAGAGAAGCAUUUCAGUAUUCUUCUUGUAGGCCUACUUUGACACUUUAUUUGUAAGCGUUUGAUAUAGAGCAGGUUUUCAUAUUAUGAGAGCUUUAUAUGUGGUUUGUAGUAUCUUUCAGUUUCACUGGGACGAGGUGUGUCUUUGCAUUCAGUUUUAUCCAAGCAUAUACACUUCUUUUUCCUUUCAAAGUCAUCCUAAAAAAGAGAACUGGACAGUACACUUUCCUUUUUUCUCAUGAAUUCUGCCAUAAUAUGUAUCCUGUUAGUAAAUAUCCAUACUAGUUUGUAACAAUUACCUCUGGUGCUGUUAGGGAGGAACUAUUAAUGUCAGGUGCACUGAAACUGUUCAUUAGCACUUGCUGAAAACUACUGCUUGCCACUCAUUAUAUCUUUUUCUGCACAUGAUUUGAGCAGCUGUAACAGGCAUACACACUUCAGGCAUUUGAUGUGCCCUUUUUUAGAGUAAAUUAAAUGUAUUUUUAUAAAAUAAUCUGCUUUGUCUUUGGGGAUUACUGCUUUGGUAAGUAUCUGUUAGGAAAAGGAGACGUUUUAAACUUUGUGCAGGGGUGCCAAGGAGAAUCCUGAGGGAGAUCUAAUUUGAAAAGAAAAAAUUUCAGUUGCAGAUACACAUUUAAAUUUAGAAAAAUCUGCCCCAGUGCUGUGCUUAAAGAAAAUAAAAAAAAAAAAUACUCAAUAAGUUUUUUUUCUGCCUCUGCAGUCACAUUUCCACAGUAGUGACCAAAACCACUGCACUCCUUCUCAGUUUGGAAUUCAGCUUUAGAGCAAAAGUGCAGUACCUUGAAAAUUAAAACAACUGUUUAUUUCAACACAAAAGAAUGGCAGGGGAGAACCCCACACAACUCUGGACAAAAUAGGAAUUAUAUUUCUGAUAUUUUACACUGAAACUCUACAUCCAGUUAUAAAUGCUUGGAGCGCUCACUUGCUGGCAGGGUGUCUUGUAGCUUGGUAUGACAAAUGUAUGGAUAAACUCGAAGCUGGUAACGUUAUAGUUAAUGAUCAUGUAGUUAUGUUGUAAUACCAGCAAGAGCUGUAUAUUUGCAGUUAAUUUUUUUUUUUCCCCCUUGAAAAAGUAUAAUUGUGUAUUCUGGAUCACUGGAAACCUGCAAUAUUGGACUAUGGUUUGGAACAGCAUUGCAUAACUGUGAAACCUUGGCUCACAACUGGCCGCUCUUAGCCCAAAUAAAUGUGAAGCUGUA